AUGCCAUUUGAUGAAGGUACGCUUCCUGUUCGUUACUUGGGUGUCCCUUUAAUCUCCACGAAGUUGGUUUAUAAGGAUUGUAAGAUUCUGAUCGAGAAGAUGGACAAACGUAUCAUAGAUUGGAGAAACAAAUCACUGUCAUUUGCAGGUAGAUUGCAGCUUAUUAAUUAUGUCCUAGCGUCUUUGCAUGUGUAUUGGGCUUCGGUUUUCAUCGUACCCUCUCGGUUUAUAAAAGACCUAGAAAAACGUAUGAGAAGUUUUCUGUGGUGUCAAGGGCCUAUGGUGAAGGGUAAGGCAAAAGUUGCUUGGAAGGAUGUAUGCUUACCCAAGUAUGAGGGAGGAUUAGCCAUUCGUAAGAUAAAGGAUGUUAACGAGUCUCUAAUGGCAUCUCAUAUAUGGACUUGGUUCGAUCAAUGGCAUCCCCAUUGUCCUCUUGCUGAUUUUAUUUCACAAAGAGAGGUUGCUAAAGCAUCGUUUAAUCAGAAUAGUAUAGUUGCGGACCUAAUUUUACAUGAUAGGUGGAUUUGGCCUCAAGCUUGGUAUGACAUGUUUCCUGUUUUAAUACAUGUCCAACCUCCUGAUUUGCAGCAACAUAAACUCGACUCUUUAAGUUGGCUGGACUCGUCAAAUAAUCAGGUUACAUUCUCGUCAAAGAGUGUGUGGGAUACCUUUCGUUUAAGGCAAGUUCAAGUAGACUGGGUUCAUCUUGUAUGGUUUCCUCAAAGUAUACCACGCCAUGCUUUUCAUAUGUGGCUCAUCUUUAACGGAAAACUGAAGACUCAUGAUAAAAUGAGGCAUUGGGACGUUGGAAGUGCUACUAACCUUAACUUACUUGUUUGUUCUUUAUGCAAAACAGGUCCGGAUUCUCUCGAGCAUCUCUUCUUUGAGUGCAGCUAUUCGGAGCAAAUAUGGUGUAUUAUUAAGAGAAAGGUAGGAAUGCAACACUUACCUACUAAAAGGAGGGACAUCGUUGAUUUCUUGCAACCUAAAGCUACGUCUAAGAAUACACCAAACGUAGCUAGGAUUCUUGGAGAUUGGAAGCUGUCGAUGGAUCUCAUACAACAAGGAAGCUAG